AAACAUCCCUUUCAGUUUUUCUGUCUCAUUGUUCAAUAGAAAACAACUAGGAUUGAUAAACUUUAUCCCUUCUUCAUGCAAUUUCGUUCCACCCAUCCAUAUCUCCUGGUUCAGUAAGGACCCAUAGCUUCUUUAUCAUGAUGCACUGUUUUUUUCUCCACCUCUAAUCACAGCAACAUCUCAAAACCCUUAUCUCCACCUUCUUCACUCCUACCUCUUUCUGCAAACCAUUUUUUUUUCACUUAAAAUUCACCAUAAUCUCUAGUUUCCUCCUUUCUCUAGCUUUGUUUGAAAAUGGCAGGUGAGUAUUCACGGAGGAGGAACUCAAAUCCUAAGAUUUUAGAAGAACUUGAAUCAUUAAGCCAAACUGUGUACCAAUCUAAUACUUCAACUAAUAGAAGAACUAACUCUCUCGUUCUUCCUAGAGGUUCAAUUCCUUCAGUCUCUUCAACUGAUGUAAUCGCGACUCCAAAAGAUGAAGAGAAAAUUGAAAAACCCCGUUCAAGGAGAAUGUCGAUGUCGCCAUGGAGAUCAAGACCCAAGCUAGAUGAGGAAGAACACGAGCAGACAGGUCGAAGAAAGGGGUCAUCUCGUAAGCAGGAUAUUAAAUUGGUGGAUGAAAAGGCAGCAGCAGAAAAGAAAGGAAUUUGGAACUGGAAACCAGUUCGGGCAAUUUCACAUAUUGGAAUGCAGAAAAUGAGUUGUUUAUUCUCUGUUGAAGUCGUUACUGUUCAGGAUCUUCCAGCAUCAAUGAAUGGGCUUCGCCUAUCCGUCUGUGUGAGGAAGAAAGAAACCAAAGACGGAGCUGUUCAGACCAUGCCAGCUAGGGUGUUGCAUGGGGCAGCAGAUUUUGAAGAAACACUUUUUGUAAGAUGUCAUGUCUAUGGCAGUACUAGUGGGACUGGGAAAAUUCUGAAAUUUGAGCCACGUCCGUUCUUAAUUUAUGCCUUUGCUGUGGAUGCUGAGGAGCUUGACUUCGGAAGGAGCAGUGUGGAUUUGAGUCUCCUGAUUCAAGAAUCCAUGGAGAAAAAUUUGGAAGGUACACGGGUUCGACAAUGGGAUACAAGUUUCGAACUAUUAGGAAAGGCUAAAGGAGCAGAACUUGUUGUGAAGUUAGGGUUUCAGAUCAUGGAGAAAGAUGGGGGUUUAGGUAUUUACAGUCAAGCUGAGGGAGUUCAAUCAGGUAGUGGAAGUAAGAAUUCAUCCUCUCUCUUUGGUAGGAAGCAAACAAAGAACUCCUUCAGUAUUCCCAGUCCAAAGAUGUCAAGCAGAAAGGAAACAUCAACCCCUUCUAAACCAGGAGCAUCAACUGAUUUUCAUGGGAUUGACGACUUCAAUCUCGAUGAGCCAGCUCCAAGCCCUUCAACUACAUCAGCUGUGCAAAAAUCCGAAGCUCAAGAUACAAAAUCAGCCGUGCAAAAAUCAGAAGCUCAAGAUACAAAGAUAGAAGACGCUGAUCUUCCGGAAGAACAAGAUUCAAAACUGGAAGACCUUGACCUUCCGGACUUCGAAGUUGAAGACAAAGGUGUUGAGAUUGAAGGGAAAGGUGAUGCAGAAGAAGAUAAUGAAGAUGGAUCGGACGAAAAUAAGUCUGUUUCGGAUGAAUAUAAGUCUGUCACAAGUGAGAUUGUUAAGGAGGUUGUACAUGAUCAAGCCCAUCUGACGAGAUUAACAGAGCUCGAUUCAAUUGCUCAACAGAUCAAAGCUCUUGAAUCCAUGAUGGCAGAUGAAAAUUCUGUUAAAGCAGACGAAGAAACUGGAUCACAAAAGCUAGAUGCAGAUGAAGAAACAAUAACAAUGGAAUUUCUUCACUUGCUUGAGGAAGAAGGAAAUGAUGAGCUGCAACUCAGCCACCAAGAAAUGUUAACUCUGAAAGCGGAAGCAACUCAAGAAGUUUCAGUAAAUGAAUCCGAGGUCUAUUUGUCAGAUCUGGGCAAGGGUUUGGGCUGCGUAGUCCAAACAAGGGAUGGAGGCUACUUAGCAUCCAUGAAUCCUUUUGACCAUGAAGUAUCAAAAAAGGAAACUCCAAAACUUGCAAUGCAGAUGUCAAAGCCCAUGGUUCUUCCAUCACAGAAAUCUUUCAGUGGGUUUGAGGUAUUUCAAAGAAUGGCAGCCAUUGGACUUGAAGAGCUGAGCUCAGAAAUCUUAUCCAACAUGCCCAUCGAUGAAGUGAUGGGGAAAACAGCAGAACAGAUAGCUUUCGAAGGAAUUGCUUAUGCAAUUAUCCAGGGAAGGAACAAAGAAGGGGCUAGUUCAAGUGCAGCCCGUACAAUCUCCACAGUUAAGAACAUGGCAACCGCAAUGAGUAUAGGCAGGAAAGAUAGGAUUUCAACUGGUAUUUGGAACGUAAGCGGAGACCCAGUAACAAUGGAUGAGAUUCUCGCAUUCUCAAUGCAAAAGAUUGAGGCUAUGGCAGUUGAAGCGCUAAAGCUUCAGGCAGAGAUGGCAGAAGAAGAUGCCCCCUUUGAUGUUUCACCACAAGCUGGAAAGAUGGGUACUUCAGGUGGCAAAGAUCCUAACCGUCCAUUAGCCUCUGCAAUACCACUUGAUAACUUGUUGGAAGGUGGGGAUUUUUCCAUCAUUGAAGGUGAAGCUGGGAUCCCGGAAAAUGUCAUAAUCUCUGUCUCUGUUCAGUUGAGAGACCCACUGAGAAGGUAUGAAGCAGUAGGAGGCCCACUAAUAGUUCUAGUCCAGGCUAGCCGUGAUGAUUCCACAACAGUUAAAGAUGAGGAGAGAUUCAAAGUGGGAAGUUUGCACGUUGGAGGUUUGAAGAUGAGCACAAAAGGAAAGAGUCGGACAUGGGAUGCUGAGAAGCAGCGCCUAACUGCGAUGCAGUGGUUGGUGGCAUAUGGUUUAGCGAAGGCAGGAAAGAAAGGGAAACAAAUGAGGCCAAAAGGACAGGAUUCAUUAUGGAGUAUCUCAUCACGUAUAAUGGCAGAUAUGUGGCUCAAGCCGAUGAGAAAUCCAGACAUAAAGAAUCUCACGCUGCAAUAGAUGUGAGUAAACCUAAACCUAUUUUUUUACAAAACAUGUAAAUGAAUGGCAAGUUUUCAUGGGGAUUAUAUUAUUAUUUGAUUAUUUGAACAAUUUCCUAUCAGACUUAAUAAUGAAAUAAAUGAAUAAAUUAUAUUGUGAUA